AUGCCUGCAGGAGUGCAAACACUUCGUCACGUCGCCACCAAUGGGUCAUUUUCGGAAUUCCAAAGGAUGGAUUUCCAAGGAACGAGGUUUUCCGUUGAUUUGACAAAUCAAGGUACUCGAAACGGUUUGGAGAAUACGUGGACAAAAAGGAUGGGAGAUAUCUCGACUCUUAUACAAGUGUUUCCUGAAGAGAACGUGGACAAGGUAGAGGCAUCAAUUCGUGUGCAAGUGGAUGGAAAAGAUCUUAACUUGAGCUUAUUAAUGCAAGAGGAUGAGCUCGCCCCAUUGUUUUCUGGCGCGGCAUGGGCCGGUACGUUGUUGUGGGACGCAGCAGUGCAUUUAGCACGUCGGUUUUUGACCGACUAUCGUCACCAACUUCAAGACCCGACCAAUUCUCUACGUGUCAUUGAACUUGGUGCUGGCAUUGGCGUACCAGGGAUGGCAGCAAGAAUGGCAGGGGCGAAGCAUGUUGUGCUCACGGAGCAAGACGAGCUUUUACGACUCAUGCACGUGAAUCUAGCGGCCAAUCGAGAAGUGUUGCGAGUUGCCGACGGUACAGAGCUUGACGAGCAUGUUGAGGACAAGGGGCAGAUUGUGGCAAGAGCGCUGAGCUGGGGUGUCCAACAGACAAAGGAGUAUAUGGCUCAAUACCCGGAUGAAAAGGUGGAUGUCGUGCUGUCGUGCGACUGCAUCUACGAGCCGCUGUACGGCACGUCUUGGCAAGCACUGGCGCAGACGAUGGAGCUGUUGUGUGUGGUAAAUCCCAAAUGCAUCGUACUCAUGGGCGUCGAACGCCGUAACCAGGACGGUAUCGACAAGUUUUUGGAGUUUGUAAAGAAGAAGACCAAACUCAAGUGUACACUUGAUGAAGAAACGAUGGGCUCCAACAACAAUCGAUUAGAGGUGUAUUAUCUAGGGCUUCCUGUAGACGCAAGAGAGUGA